AUAUUCUCGCGAGAUUUCCCCCGAAGCGGCGCACAGCUGCACUUGCGUGGUCUGGACCCGUGUGCGUGCUAAACUGACGCUAACGAAAGUCUAACUUUGCUAACUUCGAUGUAAUAUUUUUCCAAUAACUUUCUGUAACGUUGUUUGUACAGAGGAAUAUCCGCCACAAUGAGUAUACUCGCCAAAAUAGCGGAGAUCGAGAGUGAGAUGGCCAGGACCCAGAGGAACAAGGCCACAGCUCACCACUUGGGUCUGCUCAAAGCCCGUCUUGCCAAGCUUAGGAGGGAACUCAUCACGCCAAAAGGAGGCGCUGGUGGUGCAGCGGGAGAAGGUUUUGAUGUUGCUAAAACUGGUGAUGCUCGUAUCGGCUUUGUUGGUUUUCCUUCAGUGGGAAAGUCAACCUUGCUAAGUAACCUUGCAGGUGUAUACUCUGAGGUGGCCGCCUACGAGUUCACCACUCUUACCACGGUACCCGGAGUCAUUCGCUACAAAGGAGCCAAAAUUCAGCUCCUGGAUCUCCCUGGAAUCAUUGAGGGUGCCAAGGAUGGCAAGGGCAGAGGCAGACAGGUCAUUGCAGUGGCUCGAACUUGCAACCUAAUCUUGAUAGUGCUCGAUGUGUUGAAGCCUCUUGGUCAUAAGAAGCUAAUAGAACAUGAGCUGGAGGGCUUUGGCAUCCGACUUAACAAGCACCCACCCAACAUUGGCUUCAAGAGGAAGGACAAGGGAGGCAUCAACUUCACAGCUACAUGUGCACAAACCGAGCUAGAUGGUGAGACUGUUAAGAGUAUUCUGGCAGAGUACAAGAUCCACAAUGCCGACAUCACUCUGCGCAGUGACUCCACAGCUGAUGACCUCAUUGAUGUGGUGGAGGGAAAUCGGGUCUACAUCCCGUGCAUUUAUGUGCUCAACAAAAUCGAUCAGAUCUCCAUCGAGGAGCUUGACAUCAUCUACAAGGUGCCCCAUUGUGUACCCAUCUCAGCCCACCACCGCUGGAACUUUGAUGACCUGCUGGAGAGGAUGUGGGACUACCUGAAGCUUGUUCGCAUCUACACCAAACCCAAAGGCCAGCUUCCUGAUUACACUUCUCCUGUUGUACUCCCUGACGAACAUACUGCUGUCGAGGAUUUCUGCUUAAAGAUUCACAAAAGCCUCCUCAAAGAACUGAAGUAUGCUCUCGUAUGGGGAGCGUCCGUGAAACACAACCCUCAAAAGGUGGGCAAGGACCAUGUGAUGGAGGAUGAAGAUGUUAUCCAGCUGGUGAAAAAGUGAAUAGUGCUAGUGGACAGCAUGGCCCGUGUUCAGUACAAUUGCUCAAUAAAUCACCAAACGUAUCCAUAAGAGCAUCUGUGUCACGAGAUUCCCAGUUCUUUGCUGUAAUUUAAAAACAAGAUGACAUGAAUGUGUCUCAUUUUAAAGAACCAACAGUACUUGACACCAUGAAUAGUUCAUAUUGAAUAUUGGUUAAGGCUUGCAUUAAAAUAAAACAAUAAAAACAUGGAACU